GUUUUCUUUGUCAGUAGAUGCAUAUAAAGUCGUCAUGAAGUUGGCGGAGACUCUGAAAUUUGGAGCUCCAUGGGUGUGUUUACUAUUCUCAAUAGGAUGGAUAUUCUAUCAGAAUAUACAGAUUAAUGAGCUUCAGAUAAAUCGACAUAAACGAGAACUUAACUCAAAUCGGCUACCAAAGACUGACGAUGACUCGACAAUUUUUAUGCCAAUUUAUGCACAAGUUUCAAAAAAGCACAUUCGUAAAGUUUGCAUGGAACAUUUUCAUUCUCUGAAACACUACAGAGAAUUGGAGAAAAAAGAGCCAUCUCGAGUUUCUGCAGUUGUGAAGGAAUUAAAGAGAAAAUGCUCCGCCGAAGUUUCAUUAGGGAAGCCGGUUUUUAUUGGUGAACGAAAAAAUUCAGAAGGAUGUGCUUAUUUGGAUGGUGGUCACUGGCAUGUUUGUGAAAUGUCACAUGGAUACACGAUGCUCUCUUUUAAAGGAAAUCGAAGAUUGAAUAGCUCAGAAACACGGGCGGUACAAUUUCUACCGUAUCCGUUUGAUGGAACCGAUAAUAUGGUCUACAACAACACAAUGUACUACAGCGAGAACGAUCGAUUGAUUUCAUACAAUUUGAAAACUGAAAAAUCGAACUAUAUACCUUUGAGAACUUCUUUGAAACCUCUCUACGCAAAUUCUACAUCUCGGCUUGACGUACAGGCAGAAGAACAUGGAAUAUGGGUGCUCUACAGAAGACAGGACGAGACGGUUCUUACAGUCAGUCGAAUAAACUUCCACACCAUGCAAAUAGUUUCUAAUUGGACACUUCCUUCAAUUGACACUUCAACAAUGUGUAAUGCGUUCGUCAGAUGUGCAAUUUUAUACUCUGUAGAGUGUGAUGGAACUGUGACACCUGUCUAUGACUUUUAUAGUCACACAUAUAUUCAAGGAAGAACUACAGAAUGGGAAGGACUUUCUCAGCCAAUUUGCAAUGUACAGUAUGACCCUAAUAGCAAAUCAAUUGCUGUUUACGCAAAUGCAAAGAUCUACAAAGUUCCCGUACAACAAUAACUACAUUAUCAUAACUAUCAGUAAAGUUUAACAAGCUUCAACUUUUAUCAACAAUUUUUAGAACACAUUAAAAUUUAUUUUAUUGCAAAAGUACAUUGAAAAACAAAUAAAAUCACAUUCUCCUUAAUCCUCUACUUUCAUUUGAAUUGGAAGAAGAUGUCGAAGAUAACCA